CUGAAACUUAAUUAUUGUGAGAAGUUAAUAGUGUAAGAUACCUGUUUUUUGAUAAUGAAAGAAAAUAAAUCUACUAAAAUAAUUGGAAAAAAUGUUAUUUUCAUUCCUUAUAAAGAGAACCACGUUUUAAGGUACCAUGAAUGGAUGAAAUCUGAAGAACUGCAGCAACUUACUGCAUCAGAACCAUUAACAUUAGAAGAUGAAUAUAAAAUGCAAAAAAGUUGGUUCGAGGACGAAGAUAAAUGUACUUUUAUAAUAUUGAAUAAAUCUUUGUAUGAGGAAACUUUAAAUGAAAUAGAUGCUAUGAUUGGUGACAUCAACUUAUUUUUCAAUGAUGCAAAUUGCAAUAAAAAUGCUGAAAUAGAAAUUAUGAUUGCAGAAACAUGUCAUAGAGGUAAAGGCUAUGGCUGGGAAUCAGCAAUUCUUAUGCUGAGAUAUGGUAUUGAAAACUUAAAUGUGAUCAAAUAUUUAGCAAAAAUUUCUAUAUCUAAUGAAAAAAGUAUUAAUAUGUUUAGAAAAUUAGGAUUUGAAGAGGUAUCAAGGAGUGAUAUUUUCAAGGAAUUUACAUUACAAAAAGUUGUUGAUUUUGAAUGGAUUAAAUGGCUCCAAAAUCAGACUCCCAACAUGAUAAAAGAUGAAAAUUACAAAUAGGAUAUUAUAAAUGUAAUUUAAUUUUUUUAAUUUUGUAAAAAAUCAGUUUCAGUUACAGGUCUUUCUA